GGAUGCGGGUGGGUGCACUUCUCUCUACGUCAUGUAAGGAUUAUUUACACAUUGGCUUUUCAUGUUGGCCACUGACAAAACAGCAUGCCAACAAUCUGCAACAUAGAUAUUUUAAACUACUAAACAGCAGUGCAUAGGUAAACCAUGCGAUUUCAAAUAGCGGAAUUCUCAAGUGAUCUGUGUAGGCUGCUGCCUACUACCGAACGUAGCUAGCUUUAGGACCCGGUGUCGGUCUCCGUCUUUUUUCUUUGUAGUUUUGUUUCCCUGGCUUGAGCGACAUAGAAUUCGGAGCGGAACGUGAGCAAGGGAAAGGACCUAAAACCCCCUGGAUAUCUAACGGAGGAUCCGAGUUAAAGACUCUAGGAUGUACCCAAACCUUCGGCGAUCCGAGUGAUUUCUUGGCGCUUGGAAUUUAUUCAGGCUCGCUCUCGUCUUCUUCGCGCGCUCCCCGGUCUUAUCCAAACCUCACUGAAGACAAUCUUAUUGCUGCAGCGUGCUCUUGGGCACAACUUUCACGUCUUCUUCAUUUUCCUCAGGACAAGGAUAAGGAAAGAAAUCCCUCUUUCCAGGCGUGAAUAUCAGCUAUGAGGGAGCGGGCGCACUGUAUUCGCUACUUAUUUCUCUGCUUUUCUUUGACGGUGCUCUGGCAGACAAGGUCAGCAGCAGCCGACCCCACGACAGAUCCGUUCAAAAACAACAUCACGCUCUUCACCAGAAUCCUGGACAGACUGCUGGAUGGCUACGAUAACCGGCUUAGGCCUGGGCUUGGAGACCGUGUCACGGAAGUGAAGACGAAUAUCUAUGUCACCAGUUUUGGUCCAGUUUCGGAUACAGACAUGGAGUACACGAUAGACGUGUUCUUCCGCCAGAGCUGGAAGGACGAGAGGUUAAAGUUCAACGGGCCGAUGAACAUCCUGCGCCUGAACAACCUGAUGGCCAGCAAGAUCUGGACCCCGGACACUUUCUUCCACAACGGGAAAAAAUCGGUGGCCCACAACAUGACCAUGCCCAACAAGCUGCUGAGGAUCCAGGAGGACGGGACACUGCUCUACACCAUGAGGUUGACAGUCCAGGCAGAGUGCCCCAUGCACCUGGAGGACUUCCCCAUGGACUCCCACUCCUGUCCGCUGAAGUUCGGCAGUUAUGCUUACACGAUGACAGAAGUGACGUACGAGUGGACACGCAAUGCCUCCGAGUCGGUUGUGGUCGCUGAGGACGGCUCGCGGUUGAACCAGUAUGACCUACUCGGACAGACCGUCGGGAAGGAAACCAUCAAAUCAAGCACAGGUGAAUACACCGUCAUGACAGCGCAGUUCCACCUGAAGCGGAAGAUUGGCUACUUCGUGAUUCAGACUUACCUGCCCUGCAUCAUGACGGUUAUCCUGUCUCAGGUGUCCUUCUGGCUAAACAGGGAGUCUGUCCCGGCCAGGACUGUCUUCGGCGUGACCACCGUGUUGACCAUGACUACCCUGAGCAUCAGCGCCCGCAACUCCCUGCCCAAGGUGGCCUACGCCACCGCCAUGGACUGGUUCAUCGCCGUCUGCUACGCCUUUGUCUUCUCCGCCCUCAUCGAGUUUGCCACCGUCAACUACUUCACUAAGCGCGGGUGGGCGUGGGACGGAAAGAGUGUGGUGAACGACAAGAAAAAAGAGAAGGCUUCCGUGAUGAAGAAGAACAACGCGUACGCUGUGGCGGUGGCCAACUACGCGCCCAACAUCACCAAGGACUCAGUCCUGCCCACCAUCUCCAAGGGUGGCACGGCCGCCGACCCCAACAAGGCCAAGCCAGAGGCCAAGCCAGCGGAGAACAAGAAGACCUUCAAUAGCGUGAGCAAAAUCGAUCGCAUGUCCCGGAUAAUGUUCCCGGUCCUGUUCGGAAGCUUCAACCUGGUGUACUGGGCCACAUAUCUGAACAGAGAGCCGGUCAUCAAGGACAUGGUGCCGUCGAAGUAGGAGGGAUCCGGUAUGCAGCGCAACGUAAAUAAGUAUGGGACUGAAGACAUGCCAAAUACAACCAGUAACUGCUAACCUACGUGCUUUGGUGAAUUGGCAUAGGACGGCCAAGCACGGGAAUUAUUUCAAGACCUUUUCCUCUUUCCUUUUUUGUUUUUUUAAAAAAAUGAAUUCUUCAACUUAUAUCUGGGCAGUGCUUUUCGAAUGACAUAUGCGGCUGUAAAUAUGUAUGUAUUUUCAUGCGUACUGUAAUGAUUUUUGGGUGACACAAUUAAUUUUUU